CACCUCACCACCACCACCCCACCCACACCCACCCCACCACCCCCCAAAAGCCUUUCACCAUGGGCAAGGAGAAGCUCCACGUUAACGUCGUCGUUAUCGGCCACGUCGACUCCGGCAAGUCGACCACCACCGGCCACAUGAUCUACAAGUGCGGUGGCAUUGACAAGCGUACCAUCGAGAAGUUCGAGAAGGAGGCUGCCGAGCUCGGCAAGGGCUCGUUCAAGUACGCCUGGGUGCUCGACAAGCUGAAGGCCGAGCGCGAGCGCGGCAUCACGAUCGACAUUGCCCUGUGGAAGUUCGAGACGCCCAAGUACAUGGUCACCGUCAUCGACGCCCCGGGCCACCGUGACUUCAUCAAGAACAUGAUCACGGGCACGUCGCAGGCCGACUGCGCCAUUCUCAUCAUUGCCGGCGGCACUGGCGAGUUCGAGGCCGGUAUCUCCAAGGACGGCCAGACGCGCGAGCACGCGCUCCUUGCCUUCACGCUCGGUGUGCGCCAGCUCAUCGUCGCCGUCAACAAGAUGGACACGACCAAGUACUCCGAGGACCGCUUCAACGAGAUCAUCAAGGAGACGUCGACGUUCAUCAAGAAGGUCGGCUACAACCCCAAGACGGUCGCCUUCGUGCCCAUCUCGGGCUGGCACGGCGACAACAUGAUCGAGCCCACGACCAACAUGGCCUGGUACAAGGGCUGGGAGAAGGAGACCAAGGCCGGCAAGUCGACGGGCAAGACGCUCCUUGACGCCAUCGACGCCAUCGAGCCGCCGUCGCGCCCGACCGACAAGCCGCUGCGCCUGCCGCUCCAGGACGUGUACAAGAUCGGCGGUAUCGGCACAGUGCCGGUCGGCCGUGUCGAGACCGGCGUCAUCAAGCCCGGCAUGGUCGUCAACUUCGCCCCGUCGAACGUCACGACGGAGGUCAAGUCCGUCGAGAUGCACCACGAGUCGCUCACCGAGGGCCUGCCCGGAGACAACGUCGGCUUCAACAUCAAGAACGUGUCGGUCAAGGACAUCCGCCGCGGCAACGUGUGCUCCGACUCGAAGAACAACCCGGCCAUGGAGGCCGAGUCCUUCAACGCCCAGGUCAUCGUCAUGAACCACCCCGGCCAGAUCGGCAACGGCUACUCGCCCGUGCUCGACUGCCACACGGCCCACAUUGCCUGCAAGUUCUCGGAGAUCCUCGAGAAGAUCGACCGCCGCUCGGGCAAGUCGAUCGAGGCGUCGCCCAAGUUCAUCAAGUCCGGCGACGCCGCCAUGGUCAAGAUGGUGCCCAGCAAGCCCAUGUGCGUCGAGGCCUUCAACGAGUUCCCCCCGCUCGGCCGCUUCGCCGUCCGUGACAUGCGCCAGACCGUCGCCGUCGGCGUCAUCAAGAGCGUCACCAAGACGGCAGGCAAGAGCGGCAAGGUCACCAAGGCUGCCGAGAAGGCCAGCAAGAAGAAGUAAAUCGCUUCUGCGCGCCUGGGCGUGGUGUGCUCUCACGAGCGUGCCCGCCCCACUCCAUCCCCCUACCCGCCCGCGUAUCGUUGCCGCGGAGUCUGCAACGAGAAUUUUCCCAAUGU